AUGCUGGCUCAGUCUUCGAAAUUUCCGUCUCUGCGGUUGCCAUGGUUGCUGCCGGUGUUGUGUGAUCAGUUAAUUAAACGCGACGGCCUAGCAACCGAAGGUAUCUUCCGUGUACCAGGAGACAGCGAGCAUGUGGGCAGGCUCAAGUGCAUGAUCGACGAACACCACUACGAUGAGAAAGUGAACGAUCCAAACAUUCCAGCAUCGCUACUGAAAAUGUGGUUCAGAGAGCUACUGGAACCGUUGGUGCCUGAUGAACUAUAUGAUGUGUGCCUGGACUUUUGCGACGACGAGGCACGAUGCAUAGACAUAGUGGAUGAAUUGCCGGACGAGAACAGACACGUACUCAAGUAUAUAAUCAACUUUUUACAG